AUGGGUUUCUUAGGCGUAACUGGUGCAUUUGCACUAGUGUAUGUCACUGCACGUUUCGCUUCGUUUCUCUAUCGACUUCUUUGUCCAGUGAAACUCAAUAUACGAAAAUUUGGUGAAUGGGCAUUGGUUACCGGUUGCACAGAUGGUAUUGGUAGAGCAUAUGCCAUUGAGUUAGCUAAACGAGGAAUGAGCGUGAUUUUAAUUAGUCGAACAAAGGAAAAAUUAGAACAAGUAGCGAAAGAAAUCCAUAGCAAAAAUGCCAAUGUACAAACGAAAACUAUCGCUGUUGAUUUCACCAAAGAUAACUCGAUCUAUUCAACCAUUCGUGAGGAAAUUCGCGGUUUGGACAUUGGUGUCUUAGUUAACAAUGUUGGAAUGUCGUAUGAUUAUCCGGAAUUUUUUGAUAAAGUAGAAGACAGUGCAAAAUUAGUGAACAAUAUGAUUCGAUGCAAUGUGGAUUCCGUUGCCUAUCUCACUCAGAUGAUCUUGCCAGAUAUGCUACAGAAACAUCGUGGUCUUAUCGUUAACCUAUCGAGUGUCUCCGGCCGACGACCUGUACCUUUAUUAGGUCUCUAUUCUGGCACAAAAGGCUUUGUCGAUUUAUUUUCCAGAUCAUUAGCUGCGGAAUGUGCAUCACGUGGUGUAUUGAUUCAAUCAUUAUGUCCUGGUUUUGUAGUUAGUAAAUUAUCUGGUAUUCGCAAGCCAUCUUUAUUUUCUCCAACGCCCGAACAAUUUGCAUCGAGUGCUAUUGAUCGUAUUUCACUUCCAUUUACAACCGGUUACUGGGCACAUGAUCUUCAAGAUUUUGGUCAAUCACUCUUACCGGAGUUUCUUUCCAACAAAGUGACAAUGUAUGUUCUAGGUGGCGUUCGUGCUCGAGCAUUGAAGAAGCGCAAUCGUGCACAAUAA